GUCUCCCUCCCUCCCUUUCUCCUUCCCUCCCUCCCUUCUUCUCUACUCGGAGACAGUCAGAACUCUCCUCCCUGACAGCCACAAACCUACAGCACUGACUGCAUUCAGAGAGGGAACCUGCAAAGAAAACUUCACAGAAAACUUUUUGUUCUUGUUCCAGAGAAUUUGCUGAAGAGGAGAAGGAAAAAUCCAAACCAAAUCAAACCAAACAAAAAACCUGUGCGUGAGGGGGGAGGAAAAGCAGGGCCUUUAAAAAGGCAACCACAACAACUUUUGCUGCCAGGAUGCCCUUGCUUUGGCUGCAAGGAUUUUUGUUGGUGAGUGGCUGGAUUAUAGUGAGCAGUUCCCCCACCCUGGGGUCCCAGGGGCACAGUGUGGACCCUGCCUGCCCGUCCUGUGCACUGACUACCCUUCCCAAGGAUGUACCCAACGCUCAGCCGGAGAUGGUGGAGGCCGUCAAGAAGCACAUUUUAAACAUGUUGCACUUGAAGAAGAGACCUGAGGUCACCCAGCCGGUGCCCAAGGCAGCACUUCUGAACGCGAUCAGAAAGCUCCAUGUGGGCAAAGUGGGGGAGAACGGGUAUGUGGAGAUAGAGGAUGACAUCGGAAGGAGGGCAGAAAUGAAUGAACUGAUGGAGCAGACCUCAGAGAUCAUCACAUUCGCAGAAUCAGGCACAGCCAGGAAGACGCUGCACUUUGAGAUUUCCAAAGAAGGCAGUGACCUUUCAGUGGUGGAGCGUGCAGAAGUCUGGCUCUUCCUAAAAGUCCCCAAGGCCAACAGGAACAGGACCAAAGUCACCAUCCAUCUCUUUCAGCAGCAGAAACAUCCACAGGGCAGCUUGGACAUAGGGGAUGAGGCCGAGGCAGUGGGCUUAAUGGAGGAGAGGAGUGAACUGUUGAUAUCAGAAAAGGCAGUGGAUGCUCGAAAGAGCACCUGGCACAUCUUUCCUGUAUCCAGCAGUAUCCAGCGGUUGCUGGAUCAGGGCAAGAGCUCCCUGGACAUUAGGAUUGCCUGUGAGCAGUGCCAUGAGACUGGUGCCAGCCUUGUGCUCCUGGGCAAGAGGAAGAAGAAAGAAGGAGGGGAAGGAAAGAAAAAGGCCGGAGGAGAAGGAGGUGGGGGAGAUGAGGAGAAGGAGCAAUCCCAUAGACCUUUCCUCAUGCUACAGGCCCGGCAAUCUGAAGACCAUCCUCAUCGGCGGAGGCGGCGGGGCUUGGAGUGUGAUGGCAAGGUCAACAUCUGCUGUAAGAAACAGUUCUUUGUUAGUUUUAAGGACAUUGGCUGGAAUGACUGGAUCAUCGCACCCUCUGGCUAUCAUGCCAACUACUGUGAAGGCGAGUGCCCAAGCCAUAUAGCAGGCACGUCGGGGUCAUCACUCUCCUUUCACUCAACGGUCAUUAACCACUACCGCAUGCGGGGUUACAGCCCCUUCUCCAACCUCAAGUCGUGCUGUGUGCCCACCAAGCUGAGACCCAUGUCCAUGUUGUACUAUGAUGAUGGGCAAAACAUCAUCAAGAAGGACAUUCAGAACAUGAUAGUGGAGGAGUGUGGGUGCUCGUAGAGAGGACAGUGGCAAAAUGAAGGAAUGUUUAGUGUUUCUGAGUUAAACAACCAGAAAAAAAUAGAUAUUAAAAAAUAAAAUUAAAAACAAAACCUGAAACAGAUAAAGGAAGAUGUGGAAAAAUUCCCUGUCCAGGUCUCAGAGAUGAAGCAGAGAAGGAGAUGGGAAUUGGGAAGGAAAGGGAAAACGGAGUAUCCUUCAUUUCUUCCAGUAUCAAAGUAAUGAUAUCAGUUGCUUAAACAGGAGUAUUGCCCUCUCCUUUUCAGUUCCCUUCCAGGGUGAGCCUCAAAGUCAACUUGUCUAGUCUAAAAUAUGUGGGCUAGCAAAAUCCAAAUAGCAUCUAGAAAGCCAUGAGUUUGGAAGGACCAGUUACAGGCACUUUCCCACACAGCUACCCAGGUCAUAAGGUAUGUCUGCCUGACUCUCCCUCUGUAUAUAUCAUGUGUGUGCACACAUACUACACCCCUCACACAUACUCACAUGCCACAGAUCCCAUACACUCAGAUAACCCCUCCCCCCAGAAAAUGCACACAUACAUGCAUGGACACACACAGAGGCAUUUCUAUAUACCCAUGUACAUACACACUGGCAAAUGAACAAUAGUGUUCAGGUGGUCACACUUCCUUUUUCUGAACCAGUCUCACAACAAAACAAAAGCCAACAUAAAAAAUCUGAGAAGAAUAGAAGAGUAAAAGAUCAAGAAAAAAAAAAAAGUUAUAUUUCUUUAAGGUGCUUAUGAUCUUAGAACUAUGCAACCUAAUAGGUUUGAAACUGUUUACCUGAGGGAGAACAAAAAGAGAGACUUUUUUGUAUUGGAAGUAACCUGUUUAAUUUUUAUUUUCUUCAAGGAAAGAUACUUGAAAGGAAUAUGUUUGUCCAUCUGUUGGAUCCAAACAUUUCUAUAUUUUGUAAAUGUUGUUUUUUUUAUCGUUUACUAUUUGCACUAUGAUGGUGUUUGACCUGUCCAAUCCUUAUUUAACAAGUAUUUUCUUUGGGUGGGAUGGGGGGGUUAAGAGCUGCACUUAAUGUGAGCUACAGCACACAAAAUAGCUAUUUUUAUUAUUAUAAUUAUUAUUAUUAUUAUUUUGUACCUUAAAAAUAGACACAUACACCAAAGACAUUUGUGUGAGCCUUUAAACUGUCUGUGGUUGGUAUCAUUCACCAUCAAUGAGUCAGGGGUUGGGAUUCAAGGCUGAGGAGGAUGGAUUGUGUUCAGGCUUAAAAGACCUGAGAAGUUGGGUUUUUGACUCCUUUUAUAUCCAUGAAACAGGACAUUUCAUACUGGAUGUACAGUAGUUGUACAUUGUUGGAUAUCAAGUUUAAUCAGACCCAUAAAUGAUACAUGCUUGUAUGUGUAUAUACAUUGCUUGUGCAUAUGCAUAUCUAUAUGUAUAUAUACAUGUAUCACAUCAUGUCCAGACACAUUUUUAAGCACUUCAGUAUGUCAUUUUUUAAUGUUCUUAAAGAAAUGAAUGUGUGUAAAACACAGUAUUUUUUAAGAAGGAUAGGCUAUAGUUUUUGAUUUUACUCUGAACUAGAUGGGCACAUUUCAAAAAUUGCAAUGGGAAAAAGCCUGGAAAUUCCAGUGAAUAUUAUCAAGGCCCUCUUUCAAUGUACAGAGUUAACUUUCCUCUUUUUCCUUGUCCCCUACUCCCAUCCUACAAGUUAUUCCCCGUACGGAAAACAGGAAAUUCAUGUUCAUCAGAGUUCUAGGUUGAUUUUGCAGUUUAUAUUUAUAAUCUAUUGGAAUCAAUCUUAAAUCAGAUGCUUUUUCAGAAAAAAAUUAAUCUUUAGUCCAGAAUAAAAGACUUAAGUGCAAUUUUUUUAAAUGAUUAAGGCAUGCUUGUGAGAAAUAUACCUGCACUACUGGGCUAACUAAUGUUGCUGUCACUAGGUAAAAGAUAAAAUUUGAGAGAGGGUGCUAAGAGAGGAGAAGUAAGAAAGAGAAUAGUUAAGAGGAGGCAGGGACGGGGACAGGAGUAAAAACCCCUAGUAUUUUAAUUUAUAGCCCAAAUUCUUAAUGUAUGAUUUUGUGUGUAUUGAUUCAGAUGCAAAAUGAGGGAAAAACCUACUUUGUUUUAUAAAUAUCAAAAUACAUGCUUAAAGCUAAACUUUUACUAGUUUAAUCCACAGUAUUUAGCUUGCCUAGAAUGGCUAUACGUUAAUCAUUUAUGUGCUUUUUAUACAGAGCCUUAUUUUUAUCAACUUCUUUGAAGUUUGAAAAAAUUUAAAAAUGCUAAUAAUAAUUGGGGAAAAUUGCAUUCAUUAAUGUUUUGUAAAGUAUUGAAACAGCCCUAUGUCAACUAAAUAAUUAAAAGUAAAAUAAAAAAUAUUAUUGAGAAAUCAAAUGUUACAAAAGGUGGUUUAGCUCUUGUACUAAAUCAGUGCACAGUAACAUAAGGCUAUAUGUAGGCAAAUCACUUUUUGUCAUUACCUGUGAGAUAUACUUACUAUCAUCUAGCUGUCUACCAUUUCUUAUGCAGGAAAGACAAUAGGUACUUCGUGAGAGUGGAUUCUAAUUAAAUAUGAGGAGAGCAUGCAAUAUUGGUACUUACUUCCUCACUCAACCACUUAUCAGGAAAUCAGGCAGGUGAGGAAGGUGAACAUCAUGAGGAAGGUUUUAAGGAGAGAAGUAGAUGUCAAUGUUCAUAAUUUACAAAUUUUCAUGACAAACGUUGAGGGCUUUUUUAACUGCCUUUUAUUUGGAACUGGACCAAAAAUAGAGUGGGGAACCAAGUGUUUGUUCAGUAUGCAACAGCAGCGAUGGCCAAGGCCAUGAAAAAGCAAGAGGUUGCAAAGACAAUUGACAUGUAUGGAGUAUUAAAUACAUAUGUCAUAUUUUAAGCCCUUUAAAUCCUCAAAAUAUGGGCAUAAGAUGGAGUUUAUAGUGGCCACAUUAAUUAUAAGCAGAGCAAAAUUAAAUUCCACAUGAGAAUAUUUUAAUGGGAUGAUUUAAUUUCAUUAGGUUUCAUUAAAUUUAUAUAACUAUGAAAUAUAAUUAUAAAUUGCUACUAUCUGUAAUAAUCCUGAAAGAUAUGCAGCCUUGUGAACAACCAUACCUUUCACAUAGCAGCAAGAGGUCAAAAGAAAAAGCUUUUAAAUUCUACCAUAUUGGGUUCUUCAUAGUGUGGUUUCUUGAUCUGAUUUUGGCAUCUCUGUAUUUUUUAGAGCUAAUAUCUAGGCUCUUAAAAAUCUACCUACACCCAUUUUAAAAGCUCUGAAAAGCAUUUGUCAUCAAAUAUCUUUUAAGAAUGGUAACAAUUUUGUAGAAUAUUGAAACUUGUUCUUCUAUUAAAAAGUAAGACAAGUUUUGGGACACUGAUUUGGAAUUUUUUUUUAUCCCUGAAGACCAGUCAAUUUCUUACUUAUUUAAGAUUGAUUCCACACUCUGUUUUCAAAGAGAGUGCCUGAAUUGUCCACUUACAUAGAGCAAAGGAGUUUUUUUCUACUCUGAUGGAAUUGGACCAUGAGGUGACUCCAAGAAAGGAGAAUGCAAAUGCCUCAGUUAUAUUGAGUUUAUAUUCAAAUGGUCAUGUUUGCUUGAAAAAAAAACUAUUUCCUGUGGGCCUUUUGGCAACUUCCUUUUUCAAUGUAAAGAAAAACUUAGUCACCCUGAAAACCUACACAAUAAAUAAACUUGUAGAUGUGGGCAGAAGGUUUGGGGUGGACAUCGUAUGUGUUUAAAUUAAACCCUUUGUCACUGAGAAGCUGUUGUAUGGGUCAGAGAAAAUGAAUGCUUAGAAGCUGUUCACAUCUUCAAGAACAGAAGCAAACCACAUGUCUCAACUAUAUUAUUUAUUUUUUUAUGGCUAGAGUGAAUCAUAUCUUCUAUAUUAAUUUCCAAUGAGUUUUACCCUCUAUUUAAGUGUUUUGAAAAAUAGUGCAUUGACAAAGGGUUGAUAUUUUUCUUAAAAAGAAAAAUAUAAUUAUGAAAGCCAAGAUAAUCUGAAGCCUGUUUUGUUUUAAAAGUUUUUAUGUUAUGUGGUUGAUGUUGUUGUUUGUUUGUUUUUUAUUUUGUUUAUUUUUUGCAUACUACAUGCAGUUCUUUAACCAAUGUCUGUUUGGCUAAUGUAAUUAAAGUUGUUAAUUUAUAUGAGUGCAUUUCAACUAUGUCAAUGGUUUCUUAAUAUUUAUUGUGUAGAAGUACUGGUAAUUUUUUAUUUACAAUAUGUUUAAAGAGAUAACAGUUUGAUAUGUUUUCAUGUGUUUAUAGGAGAAGUUAUUUAUUUCUAUGGCAUUCCAGUGGAUAUUUUGGUGUUUGCGAGGCAUGCAGUCAAUAUAUUGUAUAGUUAGUGGACAGUAUUCAGCAACGCCUGAUAGCUUCUUUGGCCUUAUGUUAAAUAAAAAGACCUGUUUGGGAUUUAAUUUUUUACUUUAUGUCUUAUUGGUUUUCCAAGAUCAACUUUGCACACAUAUUGCUACAUCAUUUUCUGGAUGAUAAUUUUUUUCUACUGUAAUUAUGGAAGAGUAUGAGAAACAGAUUGAAUGAGAGAGAAAGAACAAAAGCUGGAAUGAGAGCUCAAAUAGAAAAAGAAUAUAUAUUGCUGUGCAGGGGUUUGUAAUGGGCUGCAGAUGCUUGGACCAGCAAUAUUUAUAUUCAUUUUGUUAAUUUCAUAUUUCUUAAACUGUAAUGGCAAGCAACAUGAAAUAAAGAGACACUUCCUCCCA